AUGGACGACGAUGACAGUGAUGAUGACAAUAACAACUUGAAGGAGUUAAGUGCAAAUGAAUACCGCGACUUGACCAAUGCACUCAAGGACACAAAGAUAAUGUCGACCUUGGUCGAGUACUAUGAACAAGUACAACAGUUUAACAAAGAUAACAACAAUGAAUCGGACACAAUCACACAGACUGCCAAUGUAGUCCCAAGUACCAGUACUUCUACAAGUACAAGUACAUCCUCAACAUCGACAUCGACGACGACAACUACGACCACGCAGACUCAGACGCCAACACCACCAACAUCAUUGAACGACUUGCCAACAAAGAGUGUUAUAACAUCACCUGCAUUCUGUAUCAAGACACAUAGUAAUAGACAUGAUGUUGUAUAUGUUAUGGUGUCACAUUACUACUCGAUAGAACCUGCUUCAACUACAGACAAUCAAGGUUGGAUCAUACCUCAUGCACUAUUCCCUCUACAACAACAAAAGUCAUCAUAUGCUAGCAAUAUAUUCAAUGUCUAUCACAUCGUCUAUGCUACUGAGACCUACAACGAAGCAAUGAAGAACAGAGGACUAAAUCGAUUACUUGUUCAAACUGCUGUCAAGGCCAUCCAUCAGUCGACAGGCGAAUCACUAAACAUCGCAGCAUACAAGAUAUCAAAGAAGAGCUUCAAGAGAGAGAUGGUAGUUUCGAUAUUGCCAGAGCCAGAGGUUGUUAUGGAUGAGCCAGCGGCAAAGGAGACAGUGAAUGAGGAUGGAACAAUCAUACCAAUCAAAUUGGAGAUAUUAUUGUCAAGGCUGGAAUCAAUCACAAACUUAUACAUCGAGGUCAUUGAUCAACAACUUGUUCUUCAAGAGCCAGACCAUCGCUAUAACAUGCAAUACACAUUCCAUCACAAGAUCGACGAAGACAACAUCAUUACCAAGUUCAACAAAAGGACCAAACUAUUGACAAUCACUGCCACUGUCUUGGAAGAUCAUUCACAUUCUCAUUCCCAUUCUCAACAAUCUGGAGAUCACUCACAUCAUGGCAGUGACCAUGUUCACCAUCAUGAGGACACCUUGGACAUGAUCAAGCGAAAGGAAUUGAUGAUAGACAUGUCACAAGAUACUCUACCAUUCUCUACUACCAAUGUGGAGGCUACCUCAAUGUUCCCAUCGUACUUGUAUAGACAGACACAUGAGAAGAUCUGGAUAAUCAUUCAUAUUGGAGAGUCAAUGUUAUUGAAGGAUACUCUGCAAGUUGUUGUUGAUGAUGAUGGCAAGGGUAAGGACUUGUCAAUAACAUACCUUGAACAACAUGGUGGCGCCAAGGUGUGUCGUCAAUUCAAUCUCCACUCAGACGUAUCAUUGGACAGUGUAACAAGUCAACAGACAAUAGUAAUAAGAUUGAAUAAGACAUUAUCAUUGAUGUGGCCAACCUUGGAACGAACCAGCUAG